CUGCUCUGGCAGGUUCUGUUUUAUCUCACACGGGGCAAGAAGAGCCUCCCUGCUUAGCUGAUUGUAAUUAUAUAGAGGUGACCUGGUUUCAGCACCGCGGCUCGUCACCAGCACCUGUACACAGCAGAUAUCUGGCCAACCCCUCCCCACCUGGUUCGUGUGACAGAGCGCGUACCCAGGGCGCAGCCUACGCGGCAGUUUCAGCACCAGCGCGGCGGCUGGAGCGGAGCUGUCCACACAUUCAGCACUUUUCAUCUGGAAAAGGGAACCAGACCCCAGACAGCAAGAGAGUCGGGAGAUAUCUGCCUCCCGGACACUCCGAGACAGCUUAUUUCAGGAUGGCAUCAAAAUACGUCGGUCUUUUCGUUCUUUUCCUAAUUCUAGCCCUGGAUGUAGUGAGCCAGAGCUCUGCCUUCCCCACACCGACAGCCUCAACGAAUGAUAAAACUGUGUACAAUAGACAGUUGACUGAAGAACGACCGCUACAAGAGCAGAUUGCUGAGGCAGACAACGUGAAGACUGCAGUCCAGUCAGCUGAGAGCAAGCGUCCCACUGCCUCUGAGGACACAGAGUCAGCUCAGGAUCUUGAUGACUUGACCGUGCUCAGGACAUUGGCUGAUGGCCAGAAAUCAAAAGACAACACUGAGGUGCCGGUCAAGAAGGAGGAGCAGUACGUUCCUGAUGAAUCCGAUUCCACCAAGAGCCGACGUCUGGCUGAAGACUAUGACUCCACCAAGAACGGGAUGAGCUAUGGCAAGUACCAUGACGACUCGGAGAGCUUCCGUCAGGUCGACGGCACUCCGCUGACAGCAGAAGACAUUGUGCAGAAAAUCGCACACAAGAUCUACGAGGAGGAUGACAGAGGGGUGUUUGACAGGAUUGUCUCCAAACUGCUCAAACUGGGGCUGAUCACAGAGAGCCAGGCAGAUACUCUGGAGUACCAGGUAGCUGAGGCUCUCCAGGAUCUCAUCACCAAAAAUGCCAAGAAGAAUGAGAUUGAAGAUGCCGAGCGCAACAGUAAAGAAUCCAGGGAAGAGCAGGGUGAUCAGGGUUCAGAUGUAAACACGGACAUGUGGGAGCCACCGAGGUGGCACUAUGAUGAAGAGGACGAAGAGCAAAAUGAUGAUGAUAUAGAGCAGGAGGUGGACAGGGAUGCAGAAGAAGAGCGGGACAACACAGCUGACAACACCUGGGACAAGGAUACUCAGCAGGGCAAUGAGGUGAGCCCUGAAGACGGGCUCCAGGACCUUCAGUACUUCCCAAACUUCUACCGUCUGCUCAGAAGCCUCAACUCAGAGCAAGACACCCAGGAGCGAGAGACACUGAUCACCAUCAUGAAGACGCUCAUUGACUUUGUGAAGAUGAUGGUGAAGUAUGGGACCAUCACACCUGAAGAAGGAGUGUCCUAUCUGGAAAAUCUGGAUGCUAUGAUCGCCAUGCAGACCAAGAACAAACUGGGCAAAUCAUUCAGGCCUCCUGACUUCACUGGACCCAAUGGGAAAAACUUGGAUGAGGAUGACAACACCAAGGCCGACGCAGCCAAGAUGCAGAAGGAGUAUGAGAACCUGAAAGACUCUACCAAGGAGGAGCAGCCAUCGACUGAGACUAAUCAGCCUGGAAGAUCAGAAACAUAUCUGGAAGCCAUCAGGAAGAACAUUGAGUGGCUGAAGAAGCACAACAAAAAAGAAGGCAAAGAUGAUUACGACCUGUCCAAGCUGAAGGACUUCAUGGACCAGCAAGUUGAUGCCUACAUUGAGAAGGGCAUCAUGGCCAAGGAUGAAGGCGACACUAUCAAGAGGAUCUACAGCAGCCUGUAACCUUAUCAUCCAUCCCGCAACCCAGCUCUGGCCUAAAACACAGGACUGAAUUUGACACUGAAUUCUCCAACAUAGCUCUGAUCACUUACAAUUAUUUCCCAUGGCAUGGUGAACUAUAUGCUGUGUAUUCAAGACUACCUACUUAGAGGAACUUGCUUAUCCUCCCAGACAUUCCUAAAAUAUAUCAAGAAAAGGGAUUUAAUAAUACCCUUAACAAUACAAAUUAUUCCCCUACAGCUUUUAAUUAUUUUAUGUAAUAAAUUCACACAUCCAGCUCACAUUUACUCCAACCUGACUCCUAUGGGAAAUGAAUGUUAUGGGAGUAUGAUGCUGUAGCUUUGACAAAAACAACCGUUUCCAAUACUUUUUUCCUACAAAAUACCCAUUGUGUGUAACCUGUCUUAGCCUAUUAGCUUCAUUUUUUCCCCACCAAAUGUGUAAGAGCUUAAUGUAUUCUUGAUUUUUAUUUACCAAAAAUAUACUUACGUGUAUCAUGUCAGUGCUCUCUGUACUCCUCUGCUCUCGUUUAGUUAUUUUGAGGCCCACUAGGGGGUGAUAUCUGUAAUCAACUCUGCAUGUCUCAGAGUUCAACCUUUUCCAUCUCUGUAGAGACACAAGAUGAAGUGUUUUUAAAUGUAAAUAUUUGUGAUUUCUUUCCUAAAAUGUAAAAGCAAUUAAAACUUUGCCUUU